AUGUUGAAUUCUCUCAUAACCAAGAGAGUCGCUUCAAAAGCAUACCACGGAGCUACUCAGGUUUCGAUUCCUAAGAGACCGCUAAAAAAGAUUAAACUAGGGAAAGCCAGGCCCGCUAUCUAUCACAAAUUUGACGUUCAGGUUGAAUUAAGCGAUGGUAGUGUUGUCACCAGAAGAUCGCAGUUUCCCAAAUCCCAAAUUAGAUUGAUUCAAGACCAGAGAAAUAAUCCACUAUGGAACGAGAGCAGAGACGACCUUGUGGUAGUGGAUGCCAAUGCAGGCGGUAGACUGGAUAAGUUCAAGCAGAAGUAUGACCAGGUAUUCAGUUUCGAAAGCGUGCCUCCCAAGCAGCCGGCUGCCGAGGCCAAACAACCUGCAGAGGCAGAAACACAAGAUCCGGAGGAUGAUUUUGGAAUGGACGACUACAUGUCUCUGCUCAACGAGAACGCCCAGCAAGUACAAAGCGGUGGUAAGCUCGCUACCAAGAAAAGAGACAAGAAAUGA